UUCUGCUCGCGGGGCCUCGGCCGCUGCGCGCGGCCGGCUCGCGGGCCUGCGCGCCAUGGCCAGUGCCGCGGCGCGCCUCCCCAUUCUUUUUUCAGGAAGAGAAAGAAAAGCAGAGAGAAAGAGAGAGAGAGAGAGAGAGAGAGAGAGAGAGAGAGAGAGAGAGAGAGAGAGAGAGGCGGUGUCAGAGACGGGGCAGCGGCUCCCCAAGAGGACUGUUCGGAGAGCACCUCCAGCGCGCAAACCCUCGCCUCCAAGCUCGGCGGCGAAUUCAGAGCAGGAGCGGUGGGAUAAGAGAGAACGCGAAAGCUGGCCGACUCUUGCGGCCGCGCGAAGGCCGACUGUUGCGGCCUGGCGACGCCAAUUGCCAUCGCGCAUCCUGGUCGACUUUUGCGGCCGCACGAGGUACAAGGAGGAGGAGGAGGAGGAGGAGGAGGAAGCGAGCAGGGGGGCGAGGAUGAGGAGGAGGAGGAGCCCAAGAAUCACCAUCAGAGGCACGCCACGGGCCGCGUCCCUGGCCACCACCACCACUGGUAGGCCACCAGCAGGACGGCAGACACCAAAACUACAAAGAGAGCCUCCAGCAGGCGGCCAGCGUUUGGGGCAACCAGCGCUGGUUGACGGACGAUGUCGUGGUGUCAGACAGGCUCUUCUAGUCGGUGGCAGGCGUGGCAGGACACUUGCUUGACAGCGGAAGAGGCCCUGGGGCGGACAGGAGGAGGAGGAGGAGGAGGAGGAGAAGGAGGAGGACGGUGUUUACCGCUCCUACUAAUGUUGCCUUCCUAGAGGCUCCAACUCCUAGGUAGGGACGCACUGGGAUAAUUGAAUAUUCCCGCCCCUCUUCGAGUAGCAGGCGCCACGGGCGUGUCCGCAACCGUGGCGGCUCUGGCGCCCCCGGAGCUGGCGGAGGCAGGCGGCCUCGCCUCCUCCCUCCUCCUCCUCCUCCUCCUCUUCCUCCUCCUCCUCCUCCU